AAUGAAGGGAGAGGUCAUUUUGGAACCCUCAACCAGUUAAAUGAAGACCUGGGAGCGUCACCAACGAGGUGACAACUCCCUUAAGUGCAGCAGAGCCAAUGGACCAGGUGUCUAACCGGUCAGCAGUGGGCAAUGAUGACAUUGCAGAUGGGACAUCGUCCCUGGUGGAUGUCAGUGGGAGCUCUGAUGAAGAGAGCUCUGACCCUCAGGGACAGUGUCUUGCAGCACCUCAAACUCCUCUGCCAACCUACAAACAGAAGUUUGACGAGUUUAAGAAGUUGUUCAAAGAACUGCCAGAGUCAGAGAGACUCAUAGUGGACUACCCAUGUGCCCUCCAGCGGGACAUCCUCCUUCAGGGUCGCCUCUACCUCACAGAGAACUGGCUCUGUUUCUACAGCAAUGUGUUUCGGGGUACAAAGAUUACACUGACUCUGAAAGACAUCUUGGCUAUAAGCAGAGAGAAAACAGCUCGGCUGAUUCCCAAUGCUAUCCAGAUCUGCAUGAGCACAGAGAAGUUCUUCUUCACUUUCUUCUCUGCAAGAGAAAAAAGUUACCAAAGUGUUUUCCGCAUGUGGCAAAACACACUGUUGAACAAGCCCCUGACCAGCUUGGAGUUUUGGCAGAUGGUUAAACAGCAUUAUGGGCAAGAUCUUGGCCUAAGCCAUGAAGAGAUGGAGAGUUUACACAUAUUGGUAGAAUCAAACAUGCAGACCAGCCCUACUUUGAGGCCUGGUGGUGAUGAUGGUCCAGGGAGGCUGGAGCGGACCCCCUCCCUUCGCCUGCCUGGUGUGGAGCAUGGGCCUUUAGAGACCUCCGCGCCUCAAGGGGAAGACCUACCCUCCCCUUUCGGCUCACAGAACUCAGCCAACACGGAUGAGUCUCACAACACCCCGUCUCAGCGGUGCAGUCCUGCCCCCGCGCUGGACCGCCUUGUGUCAGAGAGGGACAAGCACUCCUCGCUUUCUCUUGACCUCAACGCCAAUGAACACGGCGUUUCUGAGCAGAGCGGUUCAGAGAGCAUUGAAGAAGUGGAGGAACGUGUGGGUCAGUCGCAGGUGCAGGGUCGACUCUAUUUAAACAAGGUCUUCCACAUCAGCGCCAGCAAAAUGUUUGAGCUGCUCUUCACUGACUCCAGCUUCAUCCGCAGGUUUAUGAAUGUCAGGAAGAUAACCAAUGCCAGCUUUACAAAUUGGCAAAAAGAUUCCUCAGGAAUCAGGAAGCGGAGUCUGAACUACACAAUAACCAUCAGCAACCCUCUGAUUGGCAAGUUCUCCACUGCUACAGAGAACCAGACACUGUACAAAGAAUCCAGGGAUGGUCAGUAUUACCAAGUUGACUCUGAGGUAUACACUCAUGACGUUCCCUAUCACGAUUACUUCUACACUCAAAACCGAUACUACAUCAUAAGUAACUCAAAGCGGAAGUGUCGACUAAGGGUCUACACUGAUGUGAAGUACAAGAAGCAGCCAUGGGGAAUGGUCAAGACCUUUAUCACUAAAAACUCCUGGAGCGGCAUAGAAGAUUAUUUCAGACAGCUGGAAGCAGAACUGCUAGAGGAGGAGGCAGAGAUGAAUCAAGGAGGCGGUGAUUCUGGGAAGAUGGGUGGGCUACGGAGGAGGAGGCGGACUUACAGCCGGACUCUGCCAGAGCACAUGAAGCCCAACAAGCAGUAUGGGCAAGACCCAGAACAACACAGAGAUGGCAACAUGGGCCCCAUUGAAAUGAAAGGCAAGUACAGAUGGAGCACCACCACGAUAGUAGCGGGGAUGAGUCUGAUUUUGCUGAUUCUGAUGAUGCUGAAUCUGGGCCUGUUUUUCAAGUUGUGGGCAAUGGAGGAUGUAGCUCACCGCAUGUACCUGAGCACAAAGCAUCGGCUGAGGGAGAGGAGCGGGGCCAGCUUGGCUCCUGAAUAUGGUCCCAGACAGGGACCUGGGUACAAGACCAGAGAGGAAAUGCACCUACUAAAAAAUGUACUGCAGGACUCCAUCAACCUUUUAGAACAGCUCCGCAGGUCUCUCAUGGUGCUGCAGCAAAGCUUUGCUUUGGCCAAUCGAACAGCAGCGCCACAGUGAUGCUCCACACCCAAUGACUAUAGAACGCAUAUCUCCAGCCCUGUAAAGGAAAAAAGGGACUACAGCACUGAACCGCCUCUUAGGAAAUCUGUGGUAUCUAGUGAUGCUCCCAUGUAGAUGUCCCCAGACCCCCCGACAUGCCAUGUGUUGCUAGGGGUUACACAUCCAAACCUGUGGUGAGGCAAAAGUUGCCAGGAUAUUUUUAAAACUGUGGACUGACUGCUUGGAGGACAAAGUUACAUCAGAGUCAGCCGCAGAUGGACGGAUUUAGAUUUCUGUAGGGUCCAAUGGUCAGCUCCUAUGGCUGCUUAUUUUUCACUUUUUUACUAAACAGUGGCAUUGGAUUUCAGAAAAGUCGUUCCUGACGUGCCUUACUAUAUUCUGAUGAACCUCAUGCCACAUCAAAUUAACUAUUGUAAAUACUUUUGUUUCUGUUUUAUCCUUGGGAAGUCAAUCAAUUUUAUUUAACAUUUUUCUCUCUUUAAAUUUUGCACAUUUUAAUUUUUGCACAAGUGCCUUAGAUUAGGCUGUGUUUUGGAUAUCUUUUUAGAUUUUUAUUUUUUCCAAUAAAAAUUGUAGAGUCAGUAACAAAAAUUUGGAAGUUUGUCUUCUCUUUUGUAAUCUUGAUGAUUUUUUUUUUUUUAAUAUGUAAACUGCAGCGAUGGCUGCAACUUUAAAUGUACAUUAAAUUGAAAAUAGAAAAAUAACCUUUUGAAUUUUAUAAUACUGCACAUGAGCCAAAUCUGGUAUACAGAAAAUACUGCUGAUAGUGUGUCACAUAUUUAAUACAUAUUUUAUUCAUGAACUUAUAGCUCUGUUCUGGACCAAUUAAAGGCAGUGCUAUGUAAACUAAGCAGUCCAAACCUUCUGUACAUGUGUAAUCACACUUGUUUGUAUUUUUCAAAUUUAUUUUUUCCUCUUUUUGUGCCUGUAGGGUCAGUGGGACUAUCUUACAUUGUCUCAGUACUGUGCAUUCACUCUGUCAACACCAGAUACAAGUUUAUUCUGUGAUUUCCAAACUGACAUGAACACAAGUUCUUUUUUUCUUUCUUCUUAAUCAUUUGUUGGUGACACGCAACUACAAUUACCUUCAGCCUUGUUUUAUUUUUAUGGUGUUCCCAUUACCCUUUUCUUUAUGGAUAAUUUUGUUCAGCGUUUCUUACUUAAAACCACUUCUUUAAGCCAACACUUGUUUAAAUUUGGUUGCUGUUUUUUACAUUUUAGCCAUAUUGCAAUGCACUGUUGUAAUAAACAAGAUUAC